AUGGCUCGUGAAGAAUCUCUGCAGAACCUCACCGCUGGAGAUGCACAAACUGUCAAGGUUUUCAUGCCACGGAUUGGUUAUACUAUCCUGGCUAUCAUUAUGGCAAUAUUUUGUACUGUUUCGCUGAUCCUGAACAUCACAGUCAUUAUAGUAACUUUUAAAUACAGACAACUCCGACAUCCCAUUAACUACUCUUUGGUCAACCUGGCUGUCGCAGACCUCGGAAUAACAAUAUUGGGAGGAAUGCUGACUGUAGAAACAAAUGCGGUUGGCUAUUUUAAUUUGGGAAGGGUUGGUUGUGUAAUUGAAGGAUUUGCCGUUGCUUUCUUUGGAAUUGCGGCUCUGUGUACUAUUGCAGUCAUUGCUGUGGAUCGAGUUGUUGUUGUAUGUAAGCCGAUGGGAACUCUGACAUUCACAGCCAAGCAAGCCCUAUCUGGAAUUGCCCUUUCUUGGACAUGGUCACUUAUCUGGAACACACCUCCACUAUUUGGCUGGGGCAGCUAUCAACUAGAAGGGGUUGAAACAUCGUGUGCUCCUGACUGGUAUAAUCCUGACCCAGUGAAUAUGUCCUACAUUAUUUGCUUCUUCUGUUUCUGCUUUGCAGUUCCAUUCAUUACAAUUGUAGUUUCAUAUGGAUACCUAAUGUGGACAUUACGGCAGGUGGCCAAACUAGGAGUUGCAGAAGGUGGAACCACAAGUAAAGCCGAAGCCCAAGUAUCAAGGAUGGUUUUGGUGAUGAUAAUGGCUUUCCUGGUCUGCUGGCUUCCUUACGCAGCCUUUGCUAUGACAGUUGUGAUAAAUCCUGGUGUUUAUAUUGAUCCCAUUAUCGCAACAAUUCCUAUGUACCUCACAAAAACCAGCACCGUCUACAACCCUAUCAUCUAUAUUUUCAUGAACAAACAGUUCCAGGAAUGUGUGAUUCCUUUCCUCUUCUGUGGCAGAAAUCCAUGGGCUGUUGACAAGUCAGUGUCUUCGGCUGAAACUAGUGUCACUACUGCAAGUAGUUCAUUUACUAAACGCAGCAAAGUUGUUCCUGCAUGA